AUGCCCGCGUACGACGACGCUGUCGAGUCGAUGCUGCAAUUGUACCGUAUCUUGCACGGGUGCUCGUGGGAGCCGACCAGUGUCGUCGUGGCCGAUCGCCGCGUCCAGUUUCAUACCUUCCACGAGCGCUACCAGCACGGGUACAUCAAGGCGACGCGCGAGCUCACGUCGCUGCCAGGCAGCUUGUCGUGGGCGUCGCUCGUGCAGCUUCCGCAGAUGCACAUCUACAGCAACUGCCUCGCGCAGUAUGUGAGCCACCAGCCCAUCGAUGGUCACACGAUGCUGCACAACGUCGUGUUCCAGCCAGGCAUUUCGUGGACCCGCGCCAAGCAGUACCCAUUGCUCACGCACGCGCGCGACUACCCGAAUGGCGCGGCCGUCUACCUCGGCAUGCAGCUGCGCGACGACCUCGUGCCCGAGUUUUGCUUUGGGUGGAUGCUAGGCCCGAGCGACGACGAUGGCCGCGCCAAGGUCUCGGUCAUUGUGCCGCAGCACCGCGAGAUCCACGAAGCCAAUAUGAUUGCGACGUGGCUCGACCAGCUCCAAGAUGUGAGGAUGCUCUAUCCACGGCACGUGCAUUCAUGA